UCAAGGGAGUUACUCCAGGCUAGCAAGCAGUGUGCAUGCAGGCCCUAGCCUACCUCAGCCCGCAAAACCGAAUGAAUUAUUAAGCUGAUUAAGCCAACAUUGGGGGAGAGACAAGGAGGAGCGCCGGAGCCCAGCUGGGGUGGCCCAAUAACCGCGGGGAGGGUCUAACAAGUAGUGUGAUCACUGGGACCUGACACCAUGUUGACGGGCCGACAUUAGGUUGGUCCAUUGUGCCUGGCAGGGGAGGCGCUCCUCCCGGCCCUCAUUUACACCCCUUAAACCUGUUAUUUUCGCUUCCUUAUUACAUUACCGCAUCAUACUCGCCUAUAUGAAAUUGAACCGCGUUUUUGUUUAGUUUUUUUGGGGGGUUGAGUGUGAAGAAAAGAGGGGGAGUAGUGAGGUGGCGUAGAGGGAGUACAGAGGGUAACCGCCCCUACGCUAAAAAUAGACGCGGCCAAAAGUGAGUGCGCACUGGGUGAACUGGACGAAGAAUUCUGGCGCAGUGGAGUUGUGGUAGUGGCAGUGCUUAGGGUAGCCCACCUUCAUCAUCAGCCCCCCACUCGAAAAAUGUAAAUAUGUCGAGUCCUAAUAGUGCGGAAGUAUCAGGCUCCCCAUCCCCAGCUCCAAGUAGCAUUGGUAACAACGCACCUAAAUAUGGAACGUUGGUCCCUAACAGAGUAUUUGUUGGUGGCAUUUCUGCCAGCACAACAGAGCAGGAUUUGUUGGAGUUAUUUUCACAAUAUGGGGCUGUCAAAGCCACGAAGAUCAUCAGUGACCGGGCAGGAGUAUCUAAGGGCUAUGGUUUUGUCACUUUUGAGACGGAAGAAGAAGCUAGAAGACUUACACAAGAGGCUGAUAACAUAAUGCUCAAGGACAGAAAAUUAAAUAUUGCACCUGCGAUCAAGAAACAAGUUAGCGAUGUUGGAUAUAUGAAGACCUACUCCCCACACUUAAUAGAGAGCAACAGUAAUGUGGUCGGUUCUGGUGGGGCAGUGUUCUUCAGUAAUGGUACAAGUUAUGCGACAUAUGGGAACACAGUGCCUGUUUUGACCCCAACAGAAUACCACCCAACAUUCCCUCAAGCUCCGGCGGCACCUACAACGCCUUCAGCUUACCAAACUCUCGUAUAUCCUCAACCUAUCUAUUACCCACAGCAAUACCAGUACCAGCCCACGCAAACAGUUCAGCCACAGUGGGGAGCGGCACCACAGUGGAGAUGGAUAACUCCACUUUCUUAUGCUCAGCCUGAGUGUGGUCCCCAGCAGUGUUCGGUAGAGCCCAGCAGCCAAGCUCAAGGGGAAUUUGCCACGGCUUCUGUUCUGGGAAGCUCACCCCUCGCCUCCACUCCUAUCACCCUGGCCUGCCCCUCCACACCCACUACCGCUACUACCACCACCGCUGUUUGUACCGCAUUCACUACUACCUCCUCCACUUCCACUAAAACCACAGCUACUACCUCCACUAUCACUAAAAGCGUUAGAACACACGACACUCUGCUGCAGAUCAAGCCCCUCUCUUUGGCUUCAAAAUCCACACUGUGUGGGAAGUCUAAAAGCAUUCCCACAGUUGUCCCAAAGACCACAUUGUCAUUGGACAAGAAUAAUAAUACAGCUGAGGGUAGCAAGGUGGGUGGGGGAAGCGUCAACGGAACACCUCCCAGUACCCUGCAAACAUCCCACCCAGGUUCUUACGUUCAGAGCCAUCACAACAACAGAAGCAGCAACGGCGACAGCGACAGCAGCAGCAACAGCAACCCCACCACCAACAAAAUCAGUAUAUCCAACAACUCUGUGGUUUCAUCAACCAGCACAAUUCACAGCAGCUGCCACAAUUCACAGAGCAAAACAGACAAGAACUGUGGACUGGUGAGCCAUAUGAAAAAUAUGCAAGUGGGGGCAACACAGAAGGUUCAAGAACUAGAAAGCAGCAAACCAUUGUAUCAGAUGCAAAUGAAGAGUGGAAGUCCAAUUGGUGUAGGCAGCCACCCAUUCCAUGUGCCUGGGUGCUACAUGGAGGUUAUGAGCAACAGCAGCAGCAACAGCACCACCACCACCACCAACAACAGCAGCAGCAACAACAACAACAACAAAAACAGCAGCAGCUUGCAGAGCAACAACAUUGCUGGGACUGGGGAAUGGCCACCAGUGACACCAGUUGGGAAGAGUGCAGGAUGGGGGUCCCAUUUGGGACAUUCUACCUCAUGCCCUCAUCAUACUGGAGGAAUGACACCUCUUCCUGGCAGUCCUACAACUCUACAGGCAUCUCACCUACUAAUGUCCCCAUCAUGGACAUCCCUUGGAUGGCCUCUGACUCCAUCACAUACUCGUCCAUUCAACCCCAGGAACACGACAGACAACAAUCACAACAACGUCAACAAGGCCAUGUGGUUGCCACACCAGAGUCAUUCAACACUCAGAGAGACUUUACCGUGUGCAGGAGCCCAGCUACAACAGUCUUCCCAAGAUCCACAAUCCUCAGCAUGCCCCCAAGCAUCGGGCACAUUAAUUACAGCAUCCCAUACCAACACUCCGACAAUUCAAGGCAAGGGUACAUCCCCAUGCUUGAUAACUGUUCCCAACAGCAGCAGCCUUACCACCAGUUUAACCAAUACUUCGAGCAACAAGACGACCAGUCCCUUGAGCAAUUCAACUCAGUCAGUGAGCCCUUACCUGGCUCCAUACCCUGGGAGUGGACUCAAACAGAUGACUUAUGGGUAUAUGAACCAAGCACCUUUGUUAAUGAUGCCAUAUUACCAGUAUGGGGGAACAGCAACACCAUGUUACCAGUGGGCUUCUCCUGUAGUGAUGCAGUGGCCAUUGACCCCGACUCCUACACCACACCACUCGACCCCAACUCAAACCGUAGCAUCAAAGGUGUCGGGGACUUUUCAGCCCCGCUUAACUCUGCCCUUCACUCCAUGGAGCCCUGAAAAUAAAACCAUUCCCAAGCCUCAAAGCAUGACUGUUAAAUCCAGUGAGGUAAUAUCAAGUUCAUCCAGCAACAACAGUCAGUGUUCUGGGCCAAAUCAUGGUAAUAUUACAAUAAGCAAAAUGAAUCCUUGUCUUGAUCGUAAAGUGCACGCUCCAGCUCAUUGCGUAAGCCCUAAUACAUACGAGAAACUGUCUGGGCAGAAGCAAACCGAUGGUUGUAAGGUAUCGAAUUCAGGUUCUUCAUACAAAAUCUCUUCACCUUGCAAAGUAGUUUCAUCUCCACACAAAUUUCCCAAGCCAGUUCUUCAGUCAAGUCCUCACCAGGUAGUGUCUGCCAGACAGUGUUUUGGUUCUCAUGCAGAGGUAGAUGUUAGUGUGUUGCCACCUUUACAAGAUGACCAUUGUGUGUCAGUGCCCAUGACCCCACCUUCCACUCCCUUGCUUGACACGGAUAAUCCUACUGCUGCAGUUGCUAAUUUGAAUGAAUCCUAAAGUCCACUACAGAAUGCCAGUCAUAGCUGGCUUGGCGUUGCUUUGUUCAGUGCUUAAGGUUAUGUUAUCUGGAAAGUCUUUUGGUCAGGAACACCAAGGAUAUGACUUCAUUAAAAGUCAUUGAGAGCAUAAUACAAGGUGUCUUCAUUAUGCAUAUUGUGUUCAUUUUAUAAGUGCUUUCAGAAUUACUAGGAAUCAGUGGUUGUUGACAUUGUGAAUAACUUGUGGCUCUUGUGUUUGUGCCAAAGUCUUCCCUCCCAAUUUCUGUCUCGGCAGCCUCAGUGUACCCUUUAUCUCCCUUUGUAUGUUAAAAUGCAAGUCUUUAUACAUCAUAACAAAAUAAUACCUAUGGUUUGGUCACUAGGAGGCAUUUCUCAUUUAGUUUGCUCAGUUACUACUUAAUGUGAUAAGGUAACUAAAGUAGCAAGUUUAGGAACAAUUGGAAAAAUAAAUUUCUGUAAAGUAAUUUGAAAUUCUCAUUUUCUCAUUUAGUAAAACAUUGCAAACUUCAGUAAAGGGCAAAUUACUGUAUUUUUUAAAUACACUUGGAAUCAUCAUCAUCAUGUGUUUCAGAGCACAAAACAUGGUAAAUAGAUCUUUGCUCUUGCACGAAAGUGACAUACACAGCUAUUUAUACAUAAUGAAUUGUUAAGUUUCAGCUAUAACAAAUUAAAAACGAAGUAGACAUUCAGUCUCAUUUUCCCAUGUUUAAAGUAGAGGUGUGCAUGUACUCUGCUGUGGUGAUGGCAUUAAACUGGGAAUAUUUGUAAAAAAAAAAAAAAGUGUUGUAUGAAAGAAGCAAUGUUGUCAUAAUGAUAUAUUAAGAAAGGUCAGUUUCCUCUAUUUUUUUUUUUUUGAUGGGGGGGGGGGUUAUUUGUUCAUGUUGCCAGUACAUGAAAUUAAAAACAUUCUUUUUGUGAAGGAGGAUACUGGACCAGGGAGGGAAGCUACCACUAAGGCAGUAAGAGUUUUGUGCAGCUCUCCCUCUUAGUGUUUGUGUACAUAUAGGCAUUUUGUACUGGAAUUUCCAAAAUCUCCUCUUGAAGAUUGUAUUCCUGACAAGAGAUGGCCGACAUUGCCCUGAAAAUUUUAAAGAAAAUUAUUGAAAUAGGUUUUUUUCUGAUUAUUAGCCGAUAAAGAUUUUUUUAUAGCAAAUGCAAUAAGGUUUUCAAUGUUUUUGGAGAUAUUGGAAGUUCUACUUUUGAUAUAUUCUUAUAUAUGGUGGAUGACAAAGGAACCAAAGAUAUGUGUGAGAGUUUGGAAAGGAAUGUGAUUUUAUAUUAAAAAAUCAGUUACUAGUGGUAAAGACUUAAACUUUACCUUAUUUUUUAAAUUGUAAAAAAAAUACUGGUUGUGAAUUUAAUAGUAUCAAUAUGUGAAGUUUUCCAACUGCUGUUAGGAAAAUUUUUUAUGUCAUUGGAAAGUGCUAGCUUUUACUUAAGUUUUAUAGUAAAUUCAUCCAGCUUGUUAAGUAAAGGGGGCUGCACUUAGAUUAGAGUACACACACACACACACACACACAUACAUAAAUACAUACAUACAUACAUAUAUAUACACACACACACACACACACACACACACACACACACACACACACACACACACACAGUGCAGGUAUUAUUGUCUUUUAUGGAAAUUCAGUGUGCCUUCACUUUUGUGAGAAAUUAAAUAUUUACUAAUGUGAACAAUAUUGUAUUUUUUUUUUAAGUAUGCAUACAAGGCAUUGGAGUUCAAGUGUGCAUCAUGCAUGCUGAUACAUACAAUUGCAACCUGUCUACAAUGGUCAAAAAUAUCAUUUAUUUGCAUUAGUGUUACUUUCCCUCCUAAUUACAUUUUCAGUGCAAUAUUGCCUUUAUUUUAUAUAUGUUUUAAGCAGAGAUCUAUCCAAAUUUUAUUUAUUUCUAUUUAUACUGUAAGCAUAUCAUCCUUUAAUAUUCCCUAUUGGUUGUGAGUCAGUGUAAGCUUAAUUGAUGCUUACUGUAGGUUAAGGUUAUGCUUGGAAGAAUCUGCAGUAAUCCUUAAGAUGUAGUGUUAAUAUGGAAAUAUCCCACUGGUGCUUGGGGAAUUUAGUGCUGGUUGUAUGUUAAAUUUCUAUCAGUCAAUUUGUCUAUCAUAUAUUGGAGUAAAAGGCAUUUUACUUUAUUCAAUUAACAUUAGGACCUGUGAGAAACCUACAAGCCUUAGAAUAUAGUGGUAAGUGUGAUUACAGUGAAGUGUGGUUGUUGUUAAUGUAAAUCAGUCAAUUUGAAAAUGUCAAUCUUAAUUUUUGGGCAUUUAUACUGAAACACUGCCACGUAUAAUGGUUUAUUGCCUUAAGAAAAUAUAUACAGUACUAUACUCUUGAUAAUGGAGCAAUUUACAACACAUUAGGGCAUUAUAGACACUUAUAAUGGAAAAAAUAAAAACUAGUACAGUAUCAUUACACUGUUCACAUACUAAACAGUUUUGUAUUUAAAAGUAUAAACAUGUAAAUUGGAUUGUUUAGGUGAAUUGUAAGUUAUCACUACGCCUUACGGUUCAUGCAUUUGAAAUGUGAAUUUCUAGUUCUGGAUAACUGGGAUAAAUAGUAUGUGCCUGUGAAGCAAGGAAACUAGUCGGUUGUACUUCCUCGUGUGAGUAAAUCAAGUAAUAAGA